GAGAGAGAGAGAGAGUGUCAUCAGCUGUUUGGAAAAGAAGAGUAAUGUGAUGUUUCUAUCUGGAAUUCUGACUCCACAGUGACAGUCACAAGAAAGAAGCAGCCGACUGUGGACUUUAUACCUGCUCUUUACAUAUUUUUGUCUUUUUUUUUCUUUUUUCUUUUACAUUUUAAAUUUCUAAUGCUUUCUGUGUGAUGGCUAAUAUUUCAUUAGUUGAUGUGGGAGUUUUGUUUUUAAUCGUGGUGACUGCAACGUUGGCAAAUGGUUUCUUAUCUGGCAAAGAUGUGAACCACAGGAAGGAGGUGGAGGAGGCCAAGCUGGAUGAGCUUGUGCCUGGAGAUAAUGCGGACGACCUGGCCGGUGGUCACACCUGUGCUACCUGUGAGGCAUCCAGACUCAGGAGGAGAGCAAAGAGAUGCACAUGCUACAGUUACAAAGACAAGGAGUGUGUGUAUUACUGCCACCUAGACAUCAUCUGGAUCAACACACCAGAGAAUACUGUCCCAUAUGGUGUGUCCAGUUAUGCCGGUUCCCUGCGUAUGAGGCGCUCUGCUGGUAUUGUUCAGCAGAGGAAAGAAGCACAGAAUCAGCGCUGUGUGUGUGAACAACAGACUGACUCCAACUGCAGCCACUUCUGCAUUGAGAGCAGACAGAGGAGGCCACCUCAAAUAGACAAGACGACAGCACGUGUGCGCAGUGGGCCUGCUAUGAAGCACAAGAACGGCGUUUGAGUCUAAGACUCUGCGACAUGGACACAUGUUUGUCACGUGUGCUCAGUGACUCAUCCUGAGACUGACGGAUGAUAUAACCACAAAGCUGCUCACACAAAAACUGAAAGUGAGCCGGACUGCGGAACAGCUGAACAGAGAGAGUGCUCUCUGCCUCUUUUGGACAGGUGUGGAUGAUGUUUUGUUUUUAUUUUCCUGUCACAAAUGCGGAUGUUGUAUAUCGCCAGUUCGUGAGGACAAUCACAGACUCUGGUAGAGCAAGUUGCUCACACAUGUUCACGAGGAGGCCACUUGAUGAGCUGCCAACAUCUGACUCUGCCAGAUCAACCUCUAACAGGAAACAGUGUGUCCCCAAGGCCGCCAUCAAUUAAACCUGUCUGCAUGCAUUAGCCUGCAGAUGUGUCUAAUAAUUCAGCAUUAAAGGAAUUUCUAGAAAUUAGACAUGGUCAGCUAUUGUUAUAUCUUGUUCCUCGUGAAUGGAUCUAAUUUAAUCCAAUCUUUCGGUGAAUUGGUAACUUUUACUUUUUUGGAGGGAAAAGAUAACGUUUAAUAAUAUCAAAGAUAAUUAUGUCGAUGGUACAUCGACCUACAACAGAGCAGGUCUGUGCCACAAAAAAAAAAAAAACACUUGCUCGACCAAGAGCGACCUGGUCCUGUAAUGGUUGGAUCAUUAAGUGUAAAUAGUUUGCUUGUCAUCGAUAUCUAGAGCGUUUGAACUUGCUGUGUGUCAGGCCUUGUUACUGAAGUCAUCUUGUCCUCCCGUCCAUUAAAACGGCAACAGGUUAUAGUGCGUAACACAAACUAAAGCACUAUCUUUCUUUUGUCGUUUUAUUGGGUGGUUAACUUUUCAUUUCUCAUAUAUUUAAAAAUAAAACAAUGUAAUCCUAUUUGUGGAAAAUGCUAUAACAUAGGCUGCUGCAGUUCAGCAGUUUUGUUGGCUUGUCAACAAAUGCACAUGCAAUGGCGACAUAUUUUUUAUGCCAGUUGUAAAAAAACAAAAAACAAUGCCAUUUACCAACUGUAGGGAGCAAAUCCUACAUUGUAUUACUUUAAGCUGCAUCUUCUGAAGUGUUGUGUAUAUGAUGUGUGUUAAAAUAUAUAAAGGCUAUUUUAUUUUUGUACAAUACCCACUUUAAAGGUGUAUAAUAAGAAGGCGUAUAUAUAGAAUUAUAUAAGUUAUCUUGCUAAUCGAGAAAGUCAGGUUAAAAAACAAUGGUGCCUCAUAUAAGGUACAUCUAUUUAUCUCAACUAUUGUUUAUGGAAAGCUUUACAAAAGUGGCUCUAAUUAUUCAGUUUCAGUCAAGACUUUUGUUUGGAUGCUUGAAUGAUUCUGAUGCACAUCUGGUUUUUAUUCAAGCACAUUUAAAAUGUAAAGGAAUGUUUUCCAUUCAUACCUAAUUUAUAUCAGGGGACCACAGAUGAGUGUAGGACGACGGGAAAAACCUGAUAAAUGACAGAAGGAACGAUACGACGAUGCGUUCGUCCAGGGGAAUAUGAGGCCACAUUUAAUGAGAUGCACUGAUAUGAAUCAUGCAACUCCUUAAAUGGGAGAUUUUGGAGCGAUGUUCCCCAACAGUACUCUCCGUCUCCAUCAUCAGAACAACAACAGCUCAGACUCCUGAAGAAUCAUUGCCAAGGAGCAUUGAAACCGAUGAUGCUGAUGCAAGACGUAUUGUGUCUUCAAGAGACAUGGCAGAGACAUAAAUUCUCUGCAAAGGAAAGAAAGAGGACGUUUUUUAAAAGAACUUAAGGUUUCGAUGUUUAUGAGGUUACCGAGUGUACGGCACAUCAGACUUUUGAGAAAAAUGUGUUUCGUGUUGUGCACGACGAGCUGAAAAAGGGAAAAGAAAAAGGAAAUUCAGAAGCCCAAGGGACAUUUAAGAGCAUAGUUUAAAUUUUUACACAUGUGCGAUAUACUGCUGAGGUCUGUUGUUAACAUAUGGCUCGCAGUUAUUUAUUACGAGAGUUGAGGAAACUGUACUGUUAGUGAGGCGUGGACCUGUUGUCAGAGCAGAGGUCAGUGACAAGGUCUGAGAAAACAUGGCUUUGUUUAUGCAGGAUCACAUGUACAGUGCAUGUCAUGGAACAGCAUGUUCCAUAUUGCUAUUAAAACACUUCUGAGUUGGUUGCUGAUAGAAAAUCAGUUCAGUGAGAAGGCAGUUCAGAGGUCGAAGCUCGGAGACUGAAGAUUUGAAAGAGAAAUAACUUAGGGAAGAAUUUCAGUGUCUUCUUUACAUUUAACAUUUUAUCUUUCAUAUAUUUUUUAAGGUUAUAUUUGCUUGCUACGCUAAAUAACUAAAAUAAAUCCAAGUAGAUCAUUUGAUCUAUUGAAUCAUGGAAACAUCUCAUCUUUUGAGUCACGUCAUGUCCUCGCUUUGAGCCUUCGCCAACUACUUUUUUUGUUAAAGUUUUCAAACAGUUCUCGAAUAUGUUAAGGUCUGAUCAGAGAGAGACUUGCUGUAACAAGCACGGCUGCUUCAAAAGCGGCUCAGAACAACCAGGGAGAGAGUCUGCCCAUGGCAGUGGUUUUAAACAACGACAAAAGAUGAAUUCAAGUGGACAUAGAUCUCUUGCUUUAGAUAUAUACUCUGUGAUAAAGAUGGAGGAACAAGUUGUUAAAAGGUUGUUGAGUUUAUUUCCUGCUUGACCAAGUGUGACAAUGACUAUUGCUGCAACAAUUUUCAUUAAACCCUGAAUGCAGAUCACCACCAA